AAUGCUUCUAUUAGAGAUAAUAUUCUAUUUGGCCUUCCAUUUGAUCACGAAAUUUAUUCAGAGGUUUUACGUGUUUGCGCCCUCAAUAAAGAUCUGGAGAUUCUUGAAUUUGGGGAUAAAACAGAAAUUGGUGAAAAGGGAAUAACGCUUAGUGGUGGUCAAAAACAACCUGUUGAUUCGCACACCGCUAAACAUAUAUUUGAACAGUUUUUGAUGGGCGAUUUAAUGAAAGACCGUACCCGUAUUCUUGUUACACAUCACGUAGGAUUAUGUCUUCGUGGUGCUGCUAAAGUUGUAGUUAUGAAAGAUGGUCAAAUAUCAGUUGAAGGGUCCGUAGAAGAAAUUUUAGCCAAAGGAUUAUUGGACGGUGUGACUUUUGAAGGCGAUGGACGACUGAUUUCUGAGGAAACAAGAGCUGUCGGUGUGGUUGGAUGGAAAUAUUACAAACUCUAUUUGGUAGCAUCCGGCGGAUUUUGGUAUUGGUUACCAUUUAUUCUUCUUUUUGUAGUAUCGAAGAUUGUUUCCGUUUGGGAAGAAUGGUGGUUCACUUCUCCCUUACUAGAUAAUUUACACCACAAUACGAAUAAUUUGGCAUUAUUUUAUGUUUCGUCCCCUUCCCUCAAUCAUUCUUCAAUCAAUCGUUUAUCAUCA